AUACAUGUUUGAGACAUCGACCGUGUGUAGACCAGAUGUAGCCGAGCAGCAUAACUUGGGUGAAUAUAACCGCAAACUAUCCGUCGAUUCAACGUUUCCAUGGAAACCGCAUCUUCCCGCAGUCGCUUUUCAUCCGGGGUCUCAGAAUCUCCAUAUUGUGAUGAAGCGAGAUCACGAAGAUUGAGAACGAAAGGAACCGGCUAGGUCCUGCGUGAGCAGGUUGGCGCGGCCAUUUGUGUUGUGCAUCCGGCUUCCAUUCCAGCCAGCGGACGUCAUAGAAGACAACAGAGGCGUGGUGUGGCGGUAUGAUAUGCUGCCCGUGGUGCACAAAAUGUGUGGACAUCGUUCCUAAACAGAUAAUACUUUUGUACGCUCUUACAUUUCUCGUUUUCCUCCCUCUAAUAUGCUUCAACCUUCGCCAUUCCUUGUACCAUCUGCGUUUGCACGAUGCAGACGAAGAAGAAACGCACCUGAUGACUGAAAACGACAAGCGAUUGGUCGAAAAUGGACAAAUCAUCAAGAAGUACAACGAGUCUGUGAUUCAAAACAGCCAAUCGGGGCCUUCGUUACAUUCUGAGGAUAUGGACGUGGGUAUUACUGUGAUAACGGUUUCGCGAAAUCGGCACCGCAAGGGCGGCUACAGGCCUCAGUAUCUUACCCAGGUUGUCGGACGACUGCUGGGUCUGUUGAAUAGCACAGCCAAACAUUCGAAACUGAAAUACGGGUUGUUUGUCUGUAACGUCGAUGACCAUCCGGAAACUUAUGACGAACUGAAGCCUUUGAAAAUCCUCCUUCCAACUUUUCAAAUGUAUCAACUGAAACAGGAUACCAAAAUCGACAUUUUCGAAAAAGAGAAACGGGACUAUAUCUUCUGUUUGGAAGAGACUCUGAAACGAAACGCAUUAUAUGCAUUCUUGGUGGAGGAUGACGGUUAUCCCCACAAAGACCUGAUUCCAGUUUUAGAACGAACCAUUGACAGCCAUAUCGAACAAAAAGCCGUGUCGGAGUUUUCACCAAAAGUGUUACCACGAAAUGUGACGUAUGUAAAAUUCUACCACCCGGAACGGUUGCUAGGAUACAUCAAUGCCGAAUGGGAACGCAUUCCAGAGUUGAUAUCAGUUAGUUUCGUAUUCGGAACACUGAUGACUAUUUUAUACGCGCACUUUAUUCUACAGUGGACUAGACAUAAUAUUCGGAUGAUGUGGUUUGCUUGUGUUCUGUAUUGCGGUCUUGUGGCGCUGUUCGUUGGGCGUGUCAACUUAAUGGAGCUGCGCAGGGUGUCUGUGCAGACGUACCAAGUCACCUCGGCUCCAUCUUGUUGCACGCCCGCCAUGUUGUUUCCGAAACAGGGUGGUUAUGAAAUUGUGAAACGGUUGAGUGCGGUUACGUGUAAAAGAAGAUAUGGAAAAGAUACGGCUUUGGAGGAUAUUCGUAGAAGAUAUGGUUACACGGCACUGAUGGUCCAACCAAACCUUUUUAAACAUAUCGGUUUGUUUUCGUCUCUACGGAAAGGGAUCAUUGAUCCGUUUAUUGUCUGACCCAAGUUGUUAAGUCAACGGCUGCAUGGUUAUUAUUGAAUCAGCCUUCACGUUGCCCAGUGCCAAAAAUAUAUUUUACUUCUUAUAGGGAGUCAGAAUAUCGCCUCCUGUCAAUCAAACAACAGGAUUGACCAUUCAGAAGUGACACAGAAUCCGCCAUAUUGUCCGACAACUUCAAACCUAUCGGAUUUGAAUUUAAAUUAUAGAAUUUUACCAGUUUACCAGUUUAAAUUAUACAAUUUUACCAGUU